AUGCGGCGGUCAACCAAUUUCAAGUGUUCUCGCCAUAUUAUCAAUUCCGCCCACAAAGCUCACCAAGGGGCUGGGGCCAAUUUCGCUGGGCCUCAUAUCAACCAAUUCGGAGUCGAUGGUUGGAAUAACCCCGGCGGGAAUGCUAACAACCCAUUGCUAGGGAAUCAAGCAAUCGACCGAGGUGCGGUCGAACAAAUGAUUCAAGAUAUGGUGCCCCAUGCUAGGAGGAUUGGUAGGCCGGUCUAUCGCGACCAUAUCCGGAGCACUUUGAUCAAGAGGAAUUUCCAAGGGGUUUCAAGGUUCCGGAUUUUGCACUAUUUUCGGGAGAUGGGCUCCAAUCUACCAUCGAACACAUUGGCCGAUUCACGGCCCAAUGCGCGGAGAUUGGGCAUCGCGAGGCCUUGA